GCGGUGGCACGAGGACUUUGUGACAUCCUCCAGGAGGGCGACUCCUCACCAGUGCGCUGCGCGCUGCAGGGCAAGGAGGACCUCGAAUCAAAUCCUGGCUUCGUGUCUUUGGCCGGCCCAGCUUUUGCCGCCUUAGCAGCGGCAGCUGGUAUUCGACGCUCGGAGGAUGUGGAAGACUCCGAUGCGGGUGUCGAAGAAGACGAGGACGAUUGGUGA